UCAUUGAACUAUCUGAACAGCAGUGUACAAUAUUCAUAUCAUAUCAUUGAUAUUCAUUCAAAAUAGUGACAAAGGGAGAAAAAAGUCCAAAACAAAAUCAAUUUAGAUUCUAAUUACAAAAAUCUUUUGUUUUGUUGGAAUAAAGCAUCAAAAUGACUGUUUUAACGAAACCCUUCGGUGAGAAGAAAUCGGAAAAACUAUUGGCCAAAGGAUUGGAAGCUACGACAAGCGACACAGAAAAUGGCAAUGUUCUGUUGGUUACGCGCCAGCGUAAAAUGUCCACAGUCACAACCAUUAUCCUCUUCAUAGCUGCUGUGACAGUCUUGUUCAUGGGAAUAAUGGGCGGUGUGGCAAUUUACCAAUCGUGCGCUCGAGCACGUCUGAACCGCUUCCAUGGAUUCUGUGGUGUUCCAUACGAUGCCAAUGCUGUUAACAACCAAGCAAUGCUUUACAUGAAUUCGCCGUUCCAAGAUGCAUCUGGAGAACCAGCUGUCAUGCCAUUGGUUCCCGAUUUCGAAAUAUCACCCAAUGCUCGUAUGAAUGAACUGUUCUUCAAGGAAGAAAUCGAAUUAGACAUGGACGAUGAUGAGUCCUAUUCCAAAAUCGACGUUCCCGAUUUCCGUGAUGGUCGAACCGGUCGAUUCUAUCACGAUUUCAAAUUCAAUCAAUCAGCCAUUGUUGAUGUUGAAAGCAAUCGCUGUUUUGUGAUGCCAUUGGAUCGAUCAACCGUGGAAUUGCCAAGGAAUUUCUUCGAUUUGAUCAUGAAAAUGCAACGCGGCGAAUACAAUAUUGACACCAGUGUGGUCAAAAAGAAUAUGCGUGUCGUAUUGCCGGCUGUUAGUGACAUGUCGACUAUUGCUCCGGGCAUUGCUGAUGAAUGUUCCGGCAAACGUACGUACAUGAUGGAGAAAUAUGUCAGUGGAGUUUUCAAGCGAAGUAUCGAAUCAACUCCCACUUGUGGUAAAUUUGCUCAAUUCGGUGGAAAGCACAUUGAGGAGAUCAAUAUCGACAAUAUGGCCGCAGUGGCUGCGUACGAAGAGUCAUUAAAAUUGUAAAUUUUCCAAUUUUUUUGAUUUCUUUGUUAAAAAACAAAUUUUUUAUUUGAAUCUUUCCAACUGAAAUGUGAGGACGGUUAGGUAGUUUGUCGGAGGUAUAUUAUGCCACGUAUGGGUAAUUUGAUUUUUUGAUGUAUUGUUCGGAAGAAGACAAAAUUACAAUAAGAAUUAAAAAAUAAAAUGAAAUUUAUUAAUUAAAGUUGCUGUGCAUCCUAAUGGUAAUAUUAUCUCUACUGUAUCCUAACUCUAAAAACUUCCUAAAAUUACACGCAAAACC